AUGUCUAAAUUGUUAUAUAGUGCUGAUUUAAGACAUCAAACCUUAUCAGAAGAGAACCAUACUCUUUCUAUGGAGAAACACUCUUUUUUAAAGAAAGAAGCAAUGUUUUCGAAUCAGUACUUAAUUCUCCAGAAAAUAAAUGAUGACCAAGAACAAGCUCUUCGUUCACUAGAAGUUCAGCAUGAAGCAUCAUUUAAGGAAUUAAACACCCAGAACGAAAAAAUCAUCCAAAUUAAAAUAAACUUGACUGUGAAGAUAAACCAACUUCAAGAACAAUAUGAUCAACUGAAGCAUUCUCAUGAUGACCUUAAGAAAAGGAAUAAUUCUCUCUCUACUGAUAAAAAGAAGAUUCGAUCUCGUCUCAAUGGUUUAGUUGGUGACGAUUUCGAUAAAGCUAUGGAAAGUAUGAAUAAUAACACUCUUGCUUUUUCUAAAUUCUGCGAAGAGUCCGAAAAGUCAAAUCAAUCCACUAUAUCCCAGUUGAGAUCUGACUUAGCUAAAGUUCGCAAGGAUCGUUCGAACCUGGAGAUUUCUUAUACGAAUCUUGAAGUUUCUUUUACUGCUUCUUGA